AUGGCUACUAUGGCGAAGCAACGCUUGAUGAGCGAACUCAAGGGGCUGGAAAAGGAGAAAUGGGUUAGAGUUGAACUUAAGGGAGAUGCUCUCUUCAAGUGGAGCCUUGGCCUCAUGAUUAUCAACCCAGACAGCGCUUGGAAUGGUGCCUAUUUCAAGUGCGAGAUGGGUUUCAGUGAAAACUAUCCUUUCUCCCCACCAACCUUCAAGUUCUUGCAACCGAUUUAUCAUCCCAACAUCUACUCUGAUGGGAGGGUGUGCAUCUCGAUCUUGCACGCCCCAGGUGAGGACGAGCAGUCCGGGGAGUCUGCAAACGAACGUUGGUCCUCCAUCCAGAGCGUAGAGUCUAUCCUCCGCUCAAUCCUACUACUCCUCGACGAUCCAGAGAUUGGCUCUCCAGCCAACGUCGACGCCGGUAUCUUGUACCGUGACAACAAAGAGGAGUAUAACAGAAAGGCAGCAGAGACUGUUCAAGCGUCAAAGAAAGAUAUUCCAGAUGGCUUCGUCAUGCCAACUACGCUUGUCGAGGCUCCUCCAGCAAAGAUGACUGAGGAUGAUGAUUUCUGGAACGAGUCCGGCGACGAGGACGACUUUGGCGCCAGUGAUAGUUCUGGAGACGAUCUCGAUAUGGACGAAGAGGAUGGAGAGGAGCAGGAGGAAAGUGAGGAAGAUAAGGAUGAUGACGAGGAGCUGUGA